UGAAUGCGAGGUCUUUAUAACGUUGAUAAGGCAACCUUGGGUGGGUAGGUUCACUUGACAAAAGUAACCAAUUUUUGAUCUGGGAAAUAGAAAUAUUUUAACUCUCUCAGAGGAGUAACGAUAAGAAGGGACUCUUAUUUUGUGCGAUAUUAAUUUGAAGAAAAUGAAUGACGAGGACAGCUAUUGGACGGAUCCCUCUUUUGAGUGUACUCCUGAACCUGUUAUUACUUAUAGAAAGGAGAAAACUCGGAUUAGACGAAGGACGAUGGCAAAUUAUAAAUCCAAAGUACAGCAGUUGCAGUUAAAUGUAGCUCAGCUACUUGCCAGAAAGAAGUCUCUAAAUUCCAAAGUCGUUUCACAAGAGUUUGAAGCAUUUCAAGAGGCAGUAGAUAAGAUUCAGAAUGAUGAAGGAUCCGCCCUUGAAGUUAAACAGACACUUGUAGGAUUGGAAAAAGCUUUAAAAAAGGAGGGUUUAUUCAAAAAUGUUAAAGGACUUUUUGUUGGAAUGAAGAAAGAAUUUCUCUCUUCUCCCUCUGGGAAACCACAACCUCUUCUAGACUUAGAUGCACUUGAUGAUGAUGAGAAAAAAGAAAAUAGAAGUCGUGUUCCAACAGCAGUCACUCACCGACCAGAGACGAAGCCUCCUGCACGAUAUGCAGCAACUGUACAUAUUGAAGAUGUUAAAAGUGUAAACAGAGCCGUAGGAAAACUAUUUGUUCAUCUUAAGCCUCAAAAAGGCAGUGAGUCUAAGGACGUUACGAUGUUGUCAAUUCAAGGACGUUCAAGCACAGUCGUAAAAAUGAAAGACUUUGAUGAUUCAAACUUUUCAGACGUCAUCAAACGGCUAAAACAGUUUGAAAAGGAACUUAACAGACAAAGGGCUGCGCAACACACCGAAAUUAUGAGGUUAUCAGACGAAAACCAGGUACUACGAAAAUCCAUGCAAGAUUUGCGGAAAGAUCAUGACAGAAUCAAAGGAACACAGCCAAUAUCAUCGAGGGCCAAAGAUAAACAAGUCGCGAGACUUGAACAAAAAUUCAGAACUCAGAAGAAAGGAAUGGAGGGCAAAAUAUCAGAAAUAGAAAGUGAACUUCAAGUCAGUCUUGAGAAGACGUUGAAAGAAAAAGACCUUCUUGAACAAAUGAUAAUGGAUGGAGUAACACGACUGAAAACGGCCAUAAUCAGUUUACACAAAAAGUUAUGUGGCGGUGAUGACGAUGAUAGAGAGAUGACGACAAUUUCAGAAAAAGAUGAAGAAAGCGGAGAUGAAGCAGCAGGAUCACCCGGACGUGCGAUGAGUGUAGACGAACUCAUGAAAAACAUUUCAAGCAUUGAGGAUGAAGCACAGACUUUACAGGAUCGUAAUGAUAGCCUUCAGUCGAUAAUUAAGGAAAAGGAAUCAGAAAUUCAUCAAUUAAGAACAGCUAUUACAGAUAUUUCAAACGAAAUUGGGAAAAUGCACGGCACAGUUACUCAACUUGAAGGAUCAGUUCACCUUAAACAUGGUAGAGGUUCAAUUGGAUCAAUUUCAGUUAGCGGACUUGAUACAAAAGAGAAAGAAUUAGCAAUCUCAAAAUUGCAACAGGUCAACGCCAGUAUUCAACAAUAUAAAAGGUUAUUACAAGAGGGAUCAAAACCGAAUCUUAAACCAAAGGAUGAAAUGCAACCACUUACGUUACAGAUAAACAAAAUGUAUAAUGAGUUCAAAAAGGACGUUGAAAGAUUUGAUUCAGAAAAGAGUGGCUUGAGUAUGGACACUUUACUUGAAGAACCUACACAAAGGGAUGAAGUGAACGUUAUGUUGAAGAAACUCACAAAAAUUCAAAAAGCAUAUAAAGUUUUAAAAGAAAAGGAAUCAGAGAAAUGAGAUGAGAGUCAAGGGUAAUAUGUGAACAACUCAAAUAGUUAUAUCGUUAUGAACAAAACAAAAAAUAACACUCUUCCAAUAGGCAGUUGUAAGACUAUGAGGUAUGCGAUAGAUGACUGAAACAGGAAGGAAAAUAUAACAAGAAUUGAGAACGAACAAUUCAUCAAUGCAUAACUAUGAUACAACAUAUUCAUCAAAGUGUACAUUUUACAGAAUGAAUACAUUGUGUUGUUUGUUUGGUAAACAGCAUGUCAACUAGAUAUUUCUAACAAUCCUUACUUUUCUUCUAAUUGUAAUUAAGAUAUUCGAGAACUGAAGUUCUGAUAUUUUAAUACUGGAGGAUAAUGUAGGAAGAUCAUUUUAAUAUAGUUCAAAAUUACAAUAUAUAUUCGAACUGCUUUAAAGUGAUCUUCCUUGGAAUUAAGCCUUUAUAUGUUCUUCGUAUCAUCUUUCUCAAUACAUUAUCCUCCAGAAUAAAUGUAAAUAGCAACUUAUAUGAUCAAGAUAGACAUAAACGACUUAUUAUGUUCGACAAACUAUGAAAUGCAAUAAUUUGUUUUAUAUAGUAGCUGUUAUCGUAGUUAUUAAGUAUAGAAAUGUUUAUGAAAGUUAUUUGGUAAAUGCAUUUUCAAAAUGCAUGCGUUUUUCAAUUUGUGAAUGCAAAUUGGUACAAAGCGACGUUUAAGACAUGUGAUAUAUAUUGUUUUAAAUAUUUAUUAGCUGCAAAUCAAGUUCAUAUUAAUAGAAUACCCUAUAUAUAUGCAUACUGUGAUAUUUACAAAUGCUGGAAUACUUCUUAUUUUGACCUAUGUGUUGAAAAAUAAACUAUGUAUGAAUGUUUUAACUUACGAUUAUGUAUAUACAGUGCAAUACUUCAUAAAAGGGCAUCAUUUUGCUAACAUCGACAUGUCAUUUUCAUUUUCCAUUUUAAAAAAAGAUUCAUAUUUUAAUAAUAUUGAAAGUUUAUAUAUUAUCCAUUUAUAUUAUUAUCUUUUAGGUAUUCAAUCAAAAAUUGUUUUGAGAUUUUGAGAUUGGCAUUAGUAUACAAAACUAUGGUCUUAUUAGCAGAACUGAUUUUUUAUGAAUGUUUGUAAUUGUUAAGCACUAAAACAAGCUUUUUUUUUAAAUAAUCGUCUUAAAGAGAGUCUUAAAUAAACUAUAGGAGUUUUACUUUUUGAAAACUUUCGCGUCUUGUUAGAGAAAAUUAAUGUUAAUUUCUUUUCCCAGUGGUGCAGUCAAUAAACCUAUUAUUUCUUUUGAAAGGGAACAGUCAUUAUUAUAAAUUGAUAAACAAUGUUAUUUAGAACAAAGCGCUUUCAUAUUUAAGUCGGGUUUCAAUUUCAUUUUGCACAUAUAUGCAAGCAUGUUUCCUUUUAAGUUUUGAACCGUUACUGUUCGAGUUCAAUACUGUUCUUUUUAUGUUUCAAAAUGUUCAAUUUCAUCACAUUUUUCAUGUGUCCUUAUAAUAAGACGUUUACUACUUUGUAAACUGAAAAAUGAGACAAGGAUGAUGCAUGUUAUUCUUUAAGCUUUAACAAAUUAGAAGAAACCACAUAAAAGUUGGUAGCUAUUGAGAUCGAUUUUGAAAUAAUAUGCUUUAUUCCUAUUCCAAAACUUUUUAACUAUAUUGAAUGUCAAAAGAAACGCAACCCCUACAUUUUAUAAAAAUUCGAACCGACAGAUCUUUUCUAGAACGUGAUCAAUCGUUCUAAGAUUUGUAUGAUUUCUUAUGAUAUGACUACAGUAAAUAUGCAACAUUGUUUUAGAAAGUUUCAAUUUUUGUAUUUCAACGUUACCGAGAUCUAUAUUUUUCAACAAAAAGAAUAAAUAUUACACUUUUGAUUGCAAAUUUCCACCAUCAUGCACCAUAAUGCAAAGGUUAUAAAAAAAGUAAUGCAGAUAACAAUGCAUUUGGUCCAGUGUGAUAACAUUUGGGUGAUAAUUAUUGAGUUUAGAUUUUGACACUUUUAGGACAAAUCGCAAGUUUAUCAACUUAAAAUGUUGAUACAAGACCAAACUGUCUCCGUACAAUGUAGCCAAAUGUCUGAAGAAUGCAUUGAACUAAUUUUUAUUUUAAAAGGGACCAACAAGGUUUGCUAUUUGAUGUGUUGCAAUUAUGUUGGCACUCAUAUACAUGUAUAUUUUUUAAAUUUGUAUUGUGUAUGUUAACCUGAAGAUAGUAUUUUUAUUUUGUUAUCAAUAAGAAAACUUUCUUUAGCGUAAAAUGCAUUGAGAUGGUUAAACAAUAGAGAUCGAGAGAUAAAUGACGAUAUAUAAGACAAUUAAGAUGUUUGCUAUUUUUCCCGAAAAAAAAAAUGUAGACAAUAAGGUUGUUGUUCUAAUACUUUCAAUUGAAAUAAAUAAGCUUUACUCAAUUAUGCACUCAUCUGCUUGAUACAUGUGUUGUUUAUUUGUGAAAAAAAAAUGUCUCUUUAUAUUUUCACAGACAACAGUCACAAAGUGACUAUUUUACAUGUUCUCUACUUGUGCUUUUUGUUGUUUGUUUAAAUUUACUUAAUUGUUUAUGUUGUAAACGGAUACAGUGGAUUAAAAUCUAUUGUGACAUUUUGUCAAAACUUGUGGCUGUGUUAUCCUGUAAUUAACCAAUAAUGUUAGUCUAUAUCCGUUUUCUUUACCGUUAUUUAUCUCUAGUAUGAUUCUUGUAAUAUAAGCUAACGGUAAAAAUUAAAAUAAUUCAGUCAAAGUUCACGUUUGUGCAUCCUUUAGCUUAAGCUAUAUCUAUUUCUUGAAAAACGAGGUAAUAAUCUUUGAUUGUAAAAACAUAACUUUGGGAGUUUCUUUUAACAGUUUAUAGUUUUGAACUAAAGGAUAAAAUAAUAUACGCACAUUUCAAACAUAUAUCUAAACAUAUAUCUUUUAUGGUAUUGUCCCUGUACUGUAUUUACAUUGUAUAUGUACUUGUAGUAGCUGUUAUUUUACCAGCAUGUUAAUCUAUUAAUACAACCUCUAAAGUAGGUUGUUAAUUGAGUAUAUUGUUAUUUGUUUAUGGUGUCGUAUCAUUUUUUGCAACAGUAUUAUGGAUUUAUUAAGUAUGCUUUACUAUAACUGCGAUACAAUUUCAAUUAAAAAUAUGUUUCAAAACAGCGGGCAUAGUUAAAAUAACAUAACAAAGUUUAAAUAAAGGUAAUUUUGAGAACCAAUAUUUGAUAAACGGUAACACUUUAUAAAGGUGGCACAUCCGAAGUGGUUUUCUGGAUUUACCCUCCAUAGGAUCGUUUAGACCAAAACUUUAAACACAGUCCCUUAGAUGCAAUUAUGCUUGAGGAUCUUCAUUGAAUUUACUGCGAAUCAGUUGCUCCUAGUUUGUACUUCAUCCUUUUGUGUGUACCAUGCUGCAGUUUUAACUAAUCUUCAUCUUCAUAGAGGUAUACUUUAAUCUAAAGUUUGGACCAGAAAUAACAUUGUUUAUUUAAACAAUUACAACCUAUACAAAGCAUAUUUUUGUUUUCAGUGAAUCAUUUCAUCAAUCAAAAUAACUAGUGUUAUCGCUCUUGAUUCAUGUUUAAAUGAAUUCCAUAUUAAUAGUAAGUGACGAUAACCGUUUAAUUUACGAAUAUCAUACUGUACAUUUAUUGUAAAUCGAACACGAUUUACAUACCACAUAUAACCUUUUUAUUAUAUUGUAAAAUAGAAACAUUAAAUUAUGAAAAAUUAACGCUAAAUAAAUAUUGAAAUGAAGAUUAAGUCUUCUUAAGGAAGAUGCUUGAUAUUUUUCAUAUUGGCAAGAAUGAUACAACAUGUUUUUUGUAUACUUGAUUUUUGUAUAUUUCAUCAAAAUACAUCUAUUGAUAUUUAGGAUACGUUACAUUGGAAUAAAAUUAUAAACAAUGGU